GUACAUUAAUGCAUUAAUUUGCAUUGCGUUCUGCUGUUACGAAACGGUCCCGCGCUUUUGUUGUGUAAGGCUUUGUUGUAUGUUAGCUAAUCGGGUCAUUAGUGAGACAUUCUUGCUUUACACACUGGACUGCAUUGCACAUAUUUGGUAAGGUUCGAGAGAUUUAAUUCAGCACCCAGCUACCCUUAUAGCAGCUGAAAUGAGUGGGAUUGUCAAAGAAGAGACUCGUAGUAUUUCUCCCCACUGCCCCAAACCUAACGAAUCUGAAGAGCCUGAAGGCACUACAAUUGAGGAGACCACAAUGGAAAAAAGCAAGCAUGAAGAGAUGGUCAUUACCAAAGAGAUGGAGGAAGAAGAAAAGAAUCUAGAAGAGGAGGGAGAGAAAAAAGAAAGAGAAAUGAUGGAGGAGGCCAGACAAUCCAGGGGGAACGAUUCUCAAGAAAUGCGGUUCAAAAGACUUCAGCACCUUUUGGAGAAAAGCAACAUUUACUCAAAGUUUCUUCUUACAAAGAUGGAGCAGCAGCAGCAAGAGGAAAAACUUAAAAAGGAGAGACUGGAAAAGAAAGCUGCUGUUCUGAAGCAAAAGGGCAGUGAUAAAAAGACUGUAAAAGUUGAGAGAAAGAAGCGUGGAAGGGAAGAUUACAAAAUUGCAGAUGUGAUGACAAAAGAGGAAAUUAUGUCAAAAGCCAAAAAGCCCAAAAUGGAAGAGGAGGCUCAAGCAUCAGUAAAACUGGAGGCUGAGGAUAUAGAGAAGCUAAGUGACACAAACUCUGAUAUUAAAGGUCGACUCUCUGAGACUUUAAGGGAGAACAGCAAGCAGAUGCUGGAUCCAGAAAGAACGGUGAAUGGUCAACCUGUGCCAGCACAGCAGCCCCAACUGUUUACUGGGGGUGUGAUGAGGUGGUACCAGGUGGAAGGCAUAGAGUGGCUCAGGAUGCUGUGGGAAAAUGGCAUCAACGGCAUCCUGGCUGAUGAGAUGGGUCUUGGAAAAACCAUCCAGUGCAUCGCACAUAUUGCAAUGAUGGUUGAGAAAAAGGUCCUUGGGCCCUUCUUAGUGGUGGCUCCUUUGUCCACUCUUCCAAACUGGAUUUCAGAAUUCAAGCGUUUCACUCCAGAGGUGUCUGUCCUGCUGUAUCAUGGACCUCAAAAAGAGAGGUUGGACCUGGUGAAAAAGAUCCGUCAGCACCAGGGAUCCCUCAGAAUGUGCCCUGUUGUUGUUACAUCCUUUGAAAUAGCCAUGAGAGACCGGAAGUUUCUUCAGCGUUUCCACUGGAACUAUCUGAUUGUGGAUGAGGGUCACAGGAUUAAAAACUUGAACUGUCGUCUGGUGCAAGAACUGAAGAUGCUGCCGACUGACAAUAAAUUGCUCCUGACAGGAACCCCCCUCCAGAAUAACCUGUCUGAGCUGUGGUCACUCCUCAAUUUCCUCCUUCCUGAUGUGUUUGAUGACCUGAAGAGUUUUGAAUCCUGGUUUGACAUCAGCACCAUCACUUCAGAUGCUGAAAAUAUUGUGGCUAACGAGCGAGAGCAGAAUAUUCUUCACAUGCUUCAUCAGAUCCUCACGCCCUUCCUUCUGAGAAGAUUAAAAUCAGACGUCACACUGGAGGUUCCACCUAAGAAAGAGAUUGUUGUGUAUGCACCCCUAACCAACAAACAAGAGGCUUUUUACAUGGCCAUUGUUAACAAGACUAUUGCCAAACUGCUGGGUCAGGAGAAGGAUGAAUCGGCGCCUGCUCCCCUAACACCCAGUGGCCGACCAAAACGCAGGAGCAGGAAGGUGGUGAACUAUACAGAGCCAAACACUGACUCUAUGAAAGAUCUUGAGAAGUACCUAGAGAAGGUUCAGCAGGAGUUGGACAGUCAGGCAAGCUCUACUCCUGUGGUGAAUGUGUUUAUGCCAGUUGAUGCUCAAGUCAACUUGAAACUGCAGAACAUCCUGAUGCUGCUGAAGAGAUGUUGCAAUCAUGCGUACCUCAUAGAGUAUCCUCUGGACCCCACAACUGGAGACUUUAAGAUUGAUGAACAGUUAGUGGAAGCCUCAGGGAAAUUUCUUAUUCUGGACAGAAUGCUUCCUGAACUGAAAAAAAGAGGACACAAGGUGCUGAUUUUUAGCCAGAUGACCUCCAUAUUGGAUAUUCUGAUGGAUUACUGUUAUCUCAGGGGUUACGAAUACAGCAGACUGGAUGGGUCAAUGAGUUACGCUGACCGUGAUGAGAAUAUGAAGAAGUUUUCUUCAGAUCCAGAGGUGUUUCUUUUUCUCCUGAGCACUCGAGCUGGUGGCCUUGGAAUCAACCUGACAUCUGCUGACACGGUCAUCAUAUUUGACAGUGAUUGGAAUCCUCAGGCAGAUUUGCAGGCACAGGAUCGCUGUCACCGUAUUGGGCAAACAAAGCCUGUGGUGGUCUACCGUCUCAUUACGGCCAACACCAUUGAUGAGAAGAUUCUGGAGAGAGCUUCUGCCAAGAGAAAGCUAGAAAAGAUGGUCAUUCACAAAAACAAGUUUAAAGGCUCUAAAGCAGAACUAAAACAAAGCAAGAGCUGCUUGGAUGUUGAUGAGCUUGUAGAACUACUGAAGUCCAGAGACUACGACGGGGCAGUGAAAGGCACUAAAGGAAAGGUCAUCAGCGACAAAGAUCUGCAGAUCUUGCUGGACCGCAGUGAUUUAAUGGAUCAAGCCAAGAAGCGUGUUAAACAGGAGAAAGAUGGGGUGUUUAAAGUUAUUGAGGCCAAGGAUGACAAUGGUGAGAUCAGUCUGUCCUGAAAGCGUUAACGCUUGCCUUUAGGUCAAAGUUGAGUUAUUACCACUGAAGAAGGGUUAACACUGCUUGAUCAGUUUUGGCAAAGUCCACUGCCUGAAUACUGAAAGAUUAAGACCUUUUCCAUUUUAGACUAUUGUCAAGCACUGCUGCUUUUAGUCAGUUCAUCCUUGGUUUGAGUUUAUUUUUUAGCAGUUUUAAUAUUUCUCAUGCCAACUUUUCUGGGAGGAAUUAGCACUAAAACACAUCCCUACACUUUGGCCUCUUUGUAAAUACUGUUGUAGAUGUCAUGUGUAGUUGACUGGACAGGAUUCACACAUGUAAACUGCUUCUAAGCACCUUGACCUAGAAUACUGUAGAGCAAAUAUAUCGUUUUGUUUUUCAUGUUUUCAAAAUAAAUAUUUUGUAUUCUGCC